GAAGACGAGAGGCGGGGAGGCUACAUCAGCGAAGAAGAAGAGACCCGGAGCAGGAAGUGUAUGCUUCUCGGUCCCAUGCGUUGCCGUUCACUUGUUCAUUCAUUUUUAAAACGACAACUUUGGCAACCAUACACACUGCAGUCUUUCUACGGCUCACUGACAUAAUUGUGUUUUCAGGAUACGUCAAGUUAAAAUCCCUCACAGACUCAACAAAAACGAAAACAGCAACGCUAGCUAGCUAACGUAGAAAUCGCGCUAAAGUUGUUUGCCGAAAUCACAGCAAGUCAAGUGCGGCACCUGAAUGAAAAGUGCAGUUGACACAAGCAUGAUCAAGGAGAACCGAUGGAACAUACCCCCCAAUGCUCCAGCAUGCAUGGAGAAGCAUCUCUGCUCGGCGCAAUACAGAGCAGAUGGCACCCUGCUGCUUGGUGCCUCCAGCCUCACUGGCAGGAGCUGGCAGGGAUCAGUGUGGAUCUACAGUGACCCCGAGCAGGCCCCCAAUGAGGGAUUCUGCAAAGCUGGCGUGCAGACUGAGGCUGGUGUCACAGAUGUCAAAUGGGUGUCAGAAAAGGGUGUUGUUGUUGCAUCAGACUCAGGUGCCUUAGAGCUCUGGGAACUAGCAGAGGAUGAGCGCCUGCUCAUGAAUCGCUUCACCAAACAUGAGCAUGACCACAUUGUCACCACAGUGAGCCCCAUAACUGGAGCAAGCAGUGCUGUCACUGGCAGCAUGGACUGCAGAAUUAAAGUAUGGGAUCUCAGUCAGGAGACAGUUGUCACUACCUACAGUGUGCACACACAGCCUGUCAGAUGUGUUGCUUGCAGUCCAACAGAUGAGUCUCUCUUCAUCUCCUGUGGUCAAGAUGGUCGUGUGCUGAUGUGGGACAGGAGGAAGCCAAACAAACCAGCAACAAGAAUAGAUGUAGAAGCUCCCAGCUGCUCACCAACCACUGUAGCUUGGCACCCUCACCGCAGAAGCACCAUUGCUUUUGGUGAUGAGCUCGGUAGAGUGACUGUGAAGGAUUUCCUGGGAACAGAGCCGACUCAGGUGGAGAACAUCCAUAGCCGUAGAGUUAAUGCGCUCGCCUACUCCUCACAUAGUGCUCCCUUACUAGCUGCCGUUAGUGAUGACUGCUCCCUUGCUGUUAUGAACUCCGAACUGCGGGAAAUACUGAGAGAUCGACGACACCAGGACUUUGUCAAAGGUGUGUCCUGGCUCCACGGUGGCUCCAACACCCUCACAACUGUUGGCUGGGAUCAUCUUGUGCUUCACCACUCAGUGGGUUCAGCUGCUGAAGCUCCCAACUCCUCCUCUUAGACCCAACAGAUGGUUACACACCUUGGAAUAGCAUGAUUUACGCUUAGUAAACGUGCCCCCUAUUUUUGAGGGGUGUAUCUAAAAGGUUUAAUCUGUCAUUGAGAGGAUAUGAAUUAAAGUAUUUCAUUGUCACUCCGGAUAUGUGCACAAUAUUUGGACUUUUGCUGUCCUCCACUCUCCUGGCCUUGGUGCAUUACUGCUCUACUCUAUGAUAGUCUCUACUCUCCACUUCUCUAAUACUGUAUAGCAUUUCUAUUCACAUGUCCGUACAUUUGAGGCAAUUCAUUUGUAUUGCAUAAUUUUACAUUAAAGGCAACUUAAUGUUGUGAUAGCAAGA